CUCUCCAAAGGUAAUUAUUAUAAAGAGGACUUCCAUGCUAAUUGAAUGCUUUCAGUAUCACAUAAUCUUAAAUACAUAAAUAUAACACUAUGCAUAUUUUUGUGACUGACUUUUUACCUCUAAAAAAAUACCUAGGAGACAUUUCCACAUGAUUACACUUAAUCUGUUUAAUGGUCGCAUACAUAUAUACAAUAAAUUAUUUGGUAAUUUACCUAUUGAUGAACAUUUGUUGGUUUCCAGAUUUUGCUUUUAUAAACAAUUCUAGGGCAAUUACUAUUUGUCAUGCACCAUUUUUAUACCCUAGAAGUAGUAUAAUACCUGACAUAUAGGAGGUGUUCACAAAAUAUUUAUUGCAUGAAUGAAUACAGCAACACUACUAUUUAGCCAUGUAUAUUUGGGGUGCUUGUGAAAAUUUCUCUGAAAUAGAUUCCUAGAAGUAUACAUGAUGAGUCAAAGUUUAUGUGCAAAAUUACCCAUGCAAAAUCUACAUAUUUAUACAUUCCAUCCGAAUAGAAGACCUUAUCCAUCUUAACAUUUUGGCUACUUGAUGUGUGAAAAUAGCGUUUUCUUGAUUACUUCCAUUGUUUCACGUUUCUUAUCCAUUUUUUUUUUUUUUACUGUGAUUGCCCAUUUAUGCCAUUUUUCAACUUUCUACUUUAUUGUCUUUUUCUCACUUCAUUGGGGAAAUUCUUUCUAAAAUAAUCCUUUGCAUAUACUUUAGUAGGUAAUUUUCCUUUUAAACUUGGGUUUUGCUUUGUAGAAGUUUUAUGUUUUUAUGCAUUCAAAUUUGUUUAAAUAGCCCUAUGAAACUAAUAUAGAUGCUAAUAGAAAGAAACUCCAUACACUGUAAAUACUUGAUUAUUUAGUCUAAAAGUGUGAAGUGGGAGGUGGCAAGCAGAAAUUUUUUCAAGAGACCCAGGGUCAAUUUGGGACCUCGCGCCGCAAGGGGGAAGGGACCCUAACGGUUGAGUAACAACCGGAAGCCAUUACAGUCUGCGCUUCCCUUCCGUUCCUGUCUCAGCGGCAGCUGGAUCGCUCGACGGAGUGCCUCUGGUAGUUUGCCAAGAUGCCGAAUAUCAAAAUCUUCAGCGGCAGCUCCCACCAGGACUUAUCCCAGAAAAUUGCUGACCGCCUGGGCCUGGAGCUAGGCAAGGUGGUGACUAAGAAAUUCAGCAACCAGGAGACCUGCGUGGAAAUUGAUGAGAGUGUGCGUGGAGAGGAUGUCUACAUCGUUCAGAGUGGUUGUGGCGAAAUUAACGACAGUCUAGUGGAGCUUUUGAUCAUGAUUAAUGCCUGCAAGAUUGCUUCAGCUAGCCGAGUUAUUGCAGUCAUCCCAUGCUUCCCUUAUGCCCGACAGGAUAAGAAGGGUAAGAGCCGGGCCCCAAUCUCUGCCAAGCUUGUUGCAAAUAUGCUCUCUAUAGCAGGUGCGGAUCAUAUCAUCACCAUGGACCUGCAUGCUUCUCAAAUUCAGGGCUUUUUUGAUAUCCCAGUAGACAACUUGUAUGCAGAGCCAACUGUCUUGAAGUGGAUAAGGGAGAAUAUCUCUGAGUGGAAGAACUGCACUAUUGUCUCGCCAGAUGCUGGUGGAGCUAAGAGAGUGACCUCCAUUGCAGACCAGUUGAAUGUGGACUUUGCUUUGAUUCAUAAAGAACGGAAGAAGGCCAAUGAAGUGGACUGCAUGGUGCUAGUGGGAGAUGUGAAUGAUCGUGUGGCUAUCCUUGUAGAUGACAUGGCAGACACUUGUGGUACAAUCUGCCUCGCAGCUGAGAAACUUCUCUCAGCUGGAGCGACCAGAGUUUAUGCUAUCUUGACUCAUGGAAUCUUUUCUGGCCCAGCCAUUUCUCGCAUCAACACUGCAUGCUUUGAAGCAGUGGUAGUCACCAAUACCAUACCUCAAGAUGAUAAGAUGAAGCAUUGCUCCAAAAUACGAGUAAUUGACAUCUCCAUGAUCCUUGCAGAAGCCAUAAGGAGAACACAUAAUGGGGAAUCUGUUUCCUACCUGUUCAGCCACGUUCCUUUAUAACAGAAUAACUUCUAGGUUAUGCUAUUUUAAAAUAAAAUAAGAUUAAUAAAAACAAACCUUGCCUUUAUUUUUUCUUAGGUUUGAUUAAAAGUUCAGCAGAAGAUCCAGCUUGCUCCAGUGUAACUUUCUACAUCCCACAUCAGUAGAAACGGGAUUUCACCAUGUUGGCCUUGCUGGUCUUCAACUCCUGACCUCAAGUGAUCUGCCCUUCUUGGCCUCCCAAAGUGCUGAGAUUAUAGAUGUGAGGCACUGUACCUGGCCAAAGGGAUUUUUAAGAAAAGAGAACUUGACACAAGCUUUUCUUAAAGUUCAUCUGGAAAAGUAAAUAAGCAAAAAUACUCGAGAUCUUUUCUGUGUCACAAUACAUUAAAACAUUUCAAAGCUACAGUG